CGCAGUCACGCCGCUCCACAGCGACAGGUGGCGCCCAGCGGCGCCGACGCCCGCCGCCUGCGCGCUCCGCUCGAGCCCGACGCGACCCACCGACACUUCCCAUCUUAAAAUGUAUACGGCUGCCUUUAAUAUCAAACUUUAACAACCUAUGUGCGGUGCUCAUCUUCAGUUGAAAAUGAAGAAUAAUAGUUGAACAUGUGCUGAAUCUUCAUCGAGAUGCUGUCUUACAUUUUUGGAUUUUAAAUAAAUCAUUACAAGUGACCGUUUUGUCCCGGUAGCGGCGUGUGGACGGCGGUGGCCGGCAUGUCGCGGCGAUGACGCGGCCCGCGUCGCGCGGCAUGCCCUGCUGACAUGGCACGCAGCCGCUCCGCCCUCCUUUCGCUGGCAGCUGUCGCAGCACUCGCCGGGUGUUGUGUGUGCGCGCCGCAAGGCAGUGUGCAGGGCGGCGUGCAGGGAGGCGCGCAAGUCCCGCCGGGCGUGCCGCACUCCACCGCGCCGCCCGCCGGCGUCGGCGGCGUCCGCAGAUUCAGUCAGUAUUCCAGAGGGCGAGGUUAUCGGGACUGGCGCACACGAGGGGAUCCCACGCUCAUCAAUUCGCUCUGGCGCAGUCGGCAGCCUCUUGGCAUUCGAAAACAAUUAGGAAACGCGGAGGUUUACAUAGUGUUGGCUCUCCUGAUCGGCUUUCUUACCGUUGUGGUGGGGUGCUGGCUGUCAGACAACUGCUGGUCUCCGGAGCCGGAGGACGCGCUGGCGGGCGGCUGACCCGUGGCGGCGGGCGCAUGCACACACGUGUAGCGCCCGCCGUCCGCGGCGGACAGCGCCUCCCGCGCCGGCUCGCUGUCGCCCGUGCUGCCGCCGCCCGCGCCCCCGCAUGCCCCGCCCCGCACCCCUGCCUUUCUGCACGCCGCAAGACAUCUUUGUCGCGGCGCGUGUCUCCGCCUUCCUUGUGACAGGAGAAAUGAACCUCCAGUUUUUUGACCCGGGCCCUUUAAUCGCUCCUGUCACAUACACGAAAAGACUAACGGAAAUCAUAUUUCCACGAUAGCUAACGGUGAUGUAUGUGGAAAUGAAUUCGUUAUUUAAGAAUAAAAAUAAAAUGUGCUUCUAUGUGAACUUUCGGAAAGUGUUUCCUGUUUAUAAAACGGUGAUAAAGUGCAGGUAAUCAUUUUAGUGAACUGCAAGAGCUUCGAUAAAAAAAAAAUAUACCUAUUCACUUUGUAUAACGUAUGAAUGUAAAUGUAUGUAAUCGUAUCGAAGGUACUACGGGAUGUAUCUGUUACCGAACGCCCGAGAUUAGCCAAUUAGAAGAUUCACAAUACUUUUCGGAUAUCGGAUCUCUCAUCGUAGGUUACGCUUUUAGCGAUCUCUCUAAUUUGGAUUCACCUGACGUAACUUUACCUUAAACGUGGUGCGGCUACAUUUCCUCUUUGCACCACUACUAUUGUUUCUAAAAGUAUGUGCCUUGAAAUGCUUUCCUCGACUUGACUCGUAGAUAAGAGCGUGUUUUGAACCAUUUAGAAGAAAUUUCUUCUCUCUGUCUGUAUGGACAAGUAAUCCCAUAAGUGCAAUACACAUCAUGACCGUGCCUUUACCGUUCUAUAGACUUUGAGAGGGACGUAAUUAACAAUAGGUUUUUAAAAUGCGCUUUCCUCGGUGGAGCGAUACCUACCGAUUCAUUUUGUAAUUUUGUAAAGUGUCCAGCUUCGUUUGAUGUUUUCGUAAUUAUUUAACACCGUGAAACGUAUAGAGAAAAGUGAAUUAGGACCAAAAAUCUUUCUCUGAACGUGUGUCAAUUGGAAAAUCUACUAAUUCGAAAUUGCCAUCGCAAUAGGAUAAGAAUCAACUUGAGAGACAACGACAUUAACAUGACUAAAUGUAGUGUUUCGAUACAUUUUUUGGCGACUUUGUAUACAUUAAUAUACAUUUGUGUAAAGAAAUCAUUGAUGUAAAAUACCAGUAAUUUUAGAUAUUUGGUAGCUUCAUAAAAUUUUGUCCAAUACAAAAUCGAUAAUUAAAUAUUUAAAUACCUAAUGUUACAUGCAGAACUUUCACCGCUAAACUCUCCAAUUCCAAUAGACAGGAAUAUACUGAAGUCCAGUUAGUCAUUAUACUUGUUUUACCUUUCAUAAUAACGCAACAAUUGUUGUUAUCUACAACUUUUCCAGUGUGCACACGCUGCAAUAUAACUACCUAGAUGUUAGAAAAACAUCCCACUUAUUUGGCACAAACUAUGUAUACUUCGAUUUCAUCUUUCGUUUACGUUGCUAAGUAUUGAACUAGAGGAUAAUAGUUUUAAACACUGUACAGCUAAUAAUCUUAAGUCGAUUGGAUUUUAGACAUCUGUUACUUAGACUAACAGUAGAUAGAAACAAGAUUAGGAAGCUUUUACAUUUAAAGUCACUGCUGUUGUCAUUUAAGCUCUGUAGCUAAGCUAAUGUGUAGAGACAGAUGAAUUGCACGAAAAUGGUUUAAUCAUAAUAGAAUCAUUUAACGUUUUUUGAUUGAACCCUGUUGGUACUUUGUGAUUUAAACAUGAAUGUGUGUAAAUUAGACUAAGUAAUGUGCAAGUAAUACACAGUUCCAUUUCAGUCCAGUUUUCAAUUAUUGAUAAAUAAUUCAUACAAGCAAUUGAUAUAAACCUGUUUAAAUUGGUUUUGUAAAUUAUCAUAUCCCUUAUUGGUUUGUAUUAAAUAUAUUCAAAAUGUAUAUUUUUAAUUAAAAUAUAUAAAAAACGUUACAAUCGAAUAGUUGUUCCGUUAGCAUUUGCGCUCAUUUAAUUUAUAAAUCAAAUUGAUUAAAAUUGUGUACUAGUUUUGUAAUUACACUCAAUAAAACAAGCCAAUUUCUUCCUACACUAAUAUCACUCGUACUUUUAUUAAAAAAUGUAUGCGAUGAGAAUAAAUUUACUGGUUCAUUAUAGUUCAUCAUAGUGUUAAGGAACCCGACUGAAUAGUCAACAUUUUUAAGUACUGUAAAAAUAAUAAUUGUCAUUAGCGUUUAGCAAAACAUAGUUAAGCAUUUUAAUCGAACGAUAAACGUCGACGACUGGGACCUGUCUCAAGUCUAGGCAAUUUAAUAGAUACAUACUAAUGGAUAUUUAAUGAUGCAGUCAUGAAGCUGUAACUGUGGUUUCUUAGACCCUGUAGUUACAUUAUAUAUAUAUUUAAUUAUAUAAUUAAUACAUAUAUGAAGGCUCGGCUUUAGUGAAAGAACUGAAAACUAAAAGAAUAUUGCUUUACAAAACUUCUAUCGUUUAUCUUCUAAUAUUUUAUUAUUGUAUUGAUUUAAUAUUGAAAUCCUAUUGUGUGUUGUAUACUUUCAAUUCUAUUCUAUAAAGUGUAUUUCGUCAUCGCGCGGCGUGUGCAAAGGAUACUAUUCAUUAGAACUUGUCUGUACUUUAAAUUAUAUUUAUCUUUAGUAAAGCGAUCCGCGCCGCAUCCCGCUGUACGUAUAGACUUGAUAUUAUGCACUGACGAUGCGAGUCGAUCGCAAUUAACGCCUAGCAAACGCAGACUCGAUGACACUUCGUGAUUUUUCAGAACACCUUAGCGUUAUUCAAUGCUAUGAAUUCCAAUAUAAGCAGAAAUUCAAAAUCCAAUAAAGUUUCAACAACCUAGAGCGGCACAUUCGUUGCGAUAUAUAAUUAUGCACUAACGCGCAAAAUGAGCCGAUUUUUGCUAUCAAGUUACUUUAUAUAACGAUUCUAUAACUGAAUGCAGCUCUGCUCAAAAUUACAAACAUAUAACUGCAUUUAAAUAUUUGUUUUCUCUCGUAACAAAUAAUAACUUUCUUCGGUCGGAACCAGGUUAAAUUUUGUGAUCAAUUAAGUCUACUACAACACAUACAGUUUGCGAUUACGCGCUUAUGACCAGUGAACGUGUUGAACAGAAACGCGCGUGCAUCAAAAAAUAUAUUGUGAAAAAAAAACCAUUUCUAAAGACUUAAUCCUCUUGGUGUCAAACAUUUCAUUCUGUUUGAGAAAAUAUUUUUAUUUUUCUUUGCUGGUUUAAGGUUUUAUGUAUAUAAGUGACAUAUUAUGUAUAUUCAAUUCCUUGUGUCAUACAACUAAAUUUACCUUUCAUUUAAUAUUACAUAUACUAUGUACGAGUAUGUAACCAAAAUUUUUUUGUAAUCCUAAUAUUUUACAAAUACAAUAAAGUUCAACGUAUCUGUACUUAAAUACAAUAGGGAUUUUGACAGAGUAACAAACAUAUAAAUAAGUCAAUAAUAUGAUAAAAUACACAAUAUUUACAUUUAUGGCUUUUUAAUUUUUAUGCCGUAAUUAUUUUAUAUGUAUUCAAAGUAUGAUGUAAUAUUCAAUUUUUUUAUAUAGGUAGGUAGUUCAGAAAUAAUUUUACCAUCGGUAAAUUCGUAUUAUGUUAAAUACGGUAGAUUUUUUUACGAUCGAACAAAAUAAAAGCUUGUGCUGUCACAAACUAGUGUCAUUUAAUAUGGGGCGUUUUGGUAUCGCACAAAUAAUGUGUUGUGCAGCGAUGUGAUUUUUUUUACUAAUGUUUAAAUUGGUAUGGGUAGUAAAAUAAACACUUAAACAGAAAUCAGUCAGAAUGCCUAUUGCAUGUAUUGUAUUAAAUUAUCUGUAUAUAAAUAAUUUUGUUUAAUGGAAUUUUUAUACCAUCUUCCUGCGCGAUUGUGCCAAAAUUAUAUAUUUUGUAUUCUUACUGUAAAUAUUCUAUAAGUUUUUUUGCUAAUAUUUUCGUUCAAAUUUUGGCGGUCAGAUUGGCUUGGCUGAUUUAGGAAUUGAAAACCCAUGCGCUCAAAUAAUAUUUAGCGAUAAAAUAUACAUAUUGUAUGUCAU